AUGUUGGCCCUCUGGCCAUCUGUAUCCCGAGAUUCAUCGCCCUGUUCCCUGUCUUUGUUAUCAUCUGCAUCUGUCGAGUUCUCACUCUAUACUUCUAUGCAUUUCCUUGAUUUCACCUUUCCCAUCGCUAGUAUCCCAAGUAUUCAGUCGUAUACCGAUGUUGUUUCACCUGCUGCAGUACCCUAUAAAUGGUGCACUCGGAAGCGUGUCGUCUUAUGA